AUGUCUAAGAUAUUCCUUUGGUCGUUGGCCAAAUAUGUGAAUCGGUACGAGAAGCUGGGUGGUGUCCGGCUUUGCUUCUGUUUACAAUAUUUUUUCACAUAUUUUAAUUUGCAUUCCUGUUUGAUUCUUCUCUUUCUUUCAUUCUUCCAUCCUUUCUCUUUUUCUUCCUUCUAUUCUUCCUUUCUUUCUCUUAUUCUUUCUUUCUUUCUUUUUUCAUUCUAUUCUUCCUUUCAUUAUCCUAUUCUUUCUUUCUUCCUUUCUUUCUUCUAUUCUUUCCUUUAUUCACCUAUUCCUUCUUUCUUUUUUCCAUCUAUUCUUCCUUCCAUUGUUUCUCCCUUUCUUUCUUUCUUUCUUUCUUUCUUUCUUUCUUCUAUUCUUCCUUUCAUUUUUGCUUCCAUCCUUUCUUUCUUUCUUUCUUUCUUUCUUUCUUUCUUCUAUUCUUCCUUUCAUUCUUCCUUCCUUCCUUCAUUUCUUUUCUUCUUUCUUCCUUCUAUCCUUCCUUUCUUUCAUUCUUCCUUCUAUUACUUUCUUCACCUAUUCUUUCUUUCCUUCUUCCUUCCUUCUAUUCUUCCUUUCUUCUAUUCUUCUGUCUUUCUUCCUUCUUCCUUUCUUUCUCUCUUUCUUUCUUUCUUUUUUCAUUCUAUUCUUCAUUUCAUUAUUCUAUUCUUUCUUUCUUCCUUUCUUUCUUCUAUUCUUUCCUUUAUUCACCUAUUCCUUCUUUCUUUUUUCCAUCUAUUCUUCCUUCGUUUCUCCCUUUCUUUCUUUCUUUCUUUCUUUCUUUCUUCUAUUCUUCCUUUCAUUCUUCCUUCCUUCCUUCCUUCCUUCUUUCCUUCCUACCUUCCUUCCUUUCUUUUCUUCUUUCUUCCUUCCUAUCCUUCCUUUCUUUCAUUCUUCCUUCUAUUACUUUCUUCUCCUAUUCUUUCUUUCCUUCUUCCUUCCUUCUAUUCUUCCUUUCUUCUAUUCUUCCUUCCUUCUAUUCGUCUGUCUUUCUUCCUUCUUCCUUUCUUUCUCUCUUUCUUUCUCUCUGUUUUCCUUCUAUUCUUCCAUUCUUUUUUUCCUUCCAUCUAUUCUACCUUUCUUUCUUUUUUCUUUCUUCCUUCCUUCUACUCUGUCGAUUCUUUAUACGCCCUUUCUUUCUUUUUUUCUCUUCUAUUCUUCUUAUCUUUCAUCGACAGAAGAAAGAUCUCUUGCCCGCCCCCACUCUCUCUCUCUCUCUCUCUCUCUCUCUCUCUCUCUCUCUCUCUCUCUCUCUCUCUUUCUCGUGCGCCUUUAGAAGCUGUGCGAUCAGGGAUCUACCUGCUUCCAAUAUUCUAUGAGUUAUCUAUCUAUCUAUCUAUCUAUCUAUCUAUCUAUCUAUCUAUCUAUCUAUCUAUCUUAAUUCCUUAA